AUGGAGUUAGAGAAGAACGGCAGUGUUAGAAGGAGAAGCUUCAGUCAGACCUCCCGUCCCUUUCCUGACGCGGGGGAGGCUGAGCACGCGCUCGUCAGAGACGCUGAAGCAGGAGCUAACCACUCUGGGUUUGGCCAGGCACGUUCUGCCAACGUUUCAGAACUGAAGUUAUCAGAAGAAAGCUUGCCUUACUUAAGUUCAUCAUUAGAUGCAGAUCUAGAAAUGUAUAAUAAAAAGGGAAUGAGAAUUGGCUGUGCCCAUGUAGAUGAAAGCAAGGAAGAAGCUGACACGAUGGGAAGGGCCCAUGGCGAUGUGCACUGUAAUUGCAGGGCUUGUGAUGUUUGUAGACAAGGCAAUUUAAUUGAAGAUUCAGAGCUGGAAUAUCUCAGUGCUCACGAGGAAGAUUUUGGUGAUAGGAAUAGCUCAAGUGAGCUUUCUGAGCAAAGGGAAACUAUAGGAACUGAAACCACAGAGCUGAUAGAUUUAGUUCAUGAAGUUCGAGGGGGUGGAGUUGCGCAGGAACAAAAUAUCUUCGACCUGUCAGGAGAUGGUUCUCCUGUCUCUGAGUCUGGUGUAGGUGGCCAGAUGUGCCCGGAAGCAGCUGUGCUAGAGCUUACCCACCUGCUUCAGGGCUCUCUGUCAGGUUGCAGUGGCAUGACUGGUGAUCAUCAGGAAGAGCAAACCGAGUAUCACAGUGAUGUUUAUGGAAGUAUACUUGAAGGUGGUUCUUGGGAGAGCAAGGAAAGGAUCGGUUCAAAUCCGCUUGUAUAUGACAGUUUAGAAAAUGGGGAGGUGAAAGACAUGACAAUGACUGAUGGGACACUGCCACCCCAAACCACAGGAAGUGGGGAAGUGUUUGGAAAGGCUGACAGACACAUUCAGAGCAUCUCGGUUGUGCAAGAGCAUCCUUUACUGCCACCAAGGGAAAGGGCCCCCGCGGUAGCCGCGCCACGCUGUGAACCUGCAGAGGACUCUGAUCUCUGCAGUUGUGAAGAAUCUGGUGUGUGCACGCGGGGUGCUGGCUGCCUCCUCUGCACCGCGAGGGGUGCUGGAACCCCAUUUCCAGUCUCUGAAAUUCUUCUGAGCAAGAAUCCCUUUUUUGGGGUGGAAGGUGCAGAUAAAUCCUCCUGUGGAAAUACCAACUGUCUGAACUUGGAGUUGGAGCACAGUGAAACCUUGAAAAACGUUACCCGUGGCUCUACAGUUAACCAGGCGGCUGACGUAAAGCAAGCUCUAAAAUCAGAACUCACAACAAGCAGAAGUACCAGUGCUCAGGUUUGUCUCUCAUCCAAGGCUGUUAAUACAGAGAUAAAAAUGAUCAACGAAUCUCAACCCAUGGGAUGGCACCAUGAAACCUAUGCAGACAUGGCUUGCAAUACAGAGUGGUCAUGUGGAGCCGGUAGCACAGAGAAAAUUUCAUCACAGCUUGCUGAGACACUGCAAGAACACUCUGAUGACAGUACUGCAGCAGCUGACAGAAGUUCACAAAUGCAGGAGUCAAAACCUGAGCUUUGUAGCAGCAAUUUAAAGAUAUGCACCGAAAGGCCCGUACACCUUGACAAACAAGCUGUGAAUAACUCUGUGCCAAGCUACUGUCAAGAAAUACUGCGGAGGGCGACUGAAGCGGAACUGCAGAUUCUAAAUGCUCACUAUCGCAUGUGCUAUCAGCACUGCUUGAAGAUUUACAGCCUGGCUUUGGAGGAAAAUACAUGUUUUAGCAGAUGUAAUGGAAAUACUGAAUUACGUUCCUCUGUCAUGUUGGUUUUGCAAGAGCUUAGAAAGAAUUACCAGAGUAUGAGAGGGCAAAUAAAAAGGGGUGUACCUUUAAAUGCACUUCCACCGCUGUCAGUUGAGGUGAAGUUGUUCCAGAUCUCCUCAUCUUAUGUCCCGUGCAAGUUGUUCAGAGAGGAUCUUUGCUAUGAGACAUUUGAAGAGCAUCAUAAGGAUCAGGAUGUGGAAUGUGGCUGUGUGAAAAACGAAGAAGGGAGUCAGUAUUGGUUUGAUGCUAAAGAGGACUUGACAGCAGCAGAUUUUUCAGUAAUAUCUGAAGAAACUGAAAAACAACAAGGAAAACAAGACACAGUUGAUUUAAGAGAAGUGAAGAUAGCGAAGAGCAGAAAUGAGUGUACUUCCGUUCGUGUUGGUGUCCUGAGUUCCUCGGUGUCAGAGGAUGAUUUAAGAGCGCAUUUCCAGAAGUAUCAGGUUUCUGACACUAUCAUCUCUAUGGAUGUUAGUAACUACAGAUACUCAAUUCUCUCCUUUAAAGACACUGAUAAAGCAAAGUUAGCUGUAGAGGAAAUGAACAAGAAAAAAAUAAAAGGAAAGCAAAUACAUGUUAAACUCCUAAAUACUUCACCAGACAAUAAAUAUUUGCUUCCUCAAGUACUUAAAAAUAAGCUUUUGUGUGAAAUCCAACCUGCUGGUAACAGUCAAAGAAAUGAUGAAGAUAAAACAGUCACUUCAGCCUCCAAUUCUGUGGAAGCACCUGGUGCCACCUCUGCUUCUGAGAAAACACAUUUCCUUCCUGUAACAACUUCAAACGUUACUUGUGCUACUCAAGUACCUGCAGAAACAAAGUGCCCUGGUCUGAAAUCAUCUAAUGAAGAUUCAGUACCUUAUUUGCUUGGAGUUAGUCAAAAGGAUGCUGAGGAAAAUACCCUGCAGAAAAAAUCUGCUCCUUUCUCCAUGAGUUCUUAUGAUGUCUUUACUUCUAAUACAUUGAACUUGAGCAGCUUUACCAAAGUACUGAAGAAACUUCAAGAAAUUCAUCCAGAUGCUAGCAGAGACAAAAUUGUGGGUGCUCUUCUGGAGGUGAGGAGGAACAACAACGGUACCCUAAGUGGCUUGUCCAUUAGUUCUAUUGUGGAAAGGACCUCUGUCAUUCUAAGGAAACGGGGCCCCAGAUGUGGAUGGAGAAAGCAGUAA